AUGGACCUUGCUAGUCUGAAAGAAAAAGAACUCACACCUAACGAGUUAGAAAAACUGGAUAUGCUUUGCGAAUGUAGAUUGUCAAGAAUGCCAGUUCAGUACAUUAUUAAGGAAUGGGAUUUUCGAGAUAUCACAUUAAAACUAGUACCGCCGGUUUUCGUUCCUCGACCAGAGACUGAAAUUUUAGUAGAUUUCGUUUUAAAACGAAUAUCAUCGGCAAAUUUAGAUUCUUGCAAAAUUUUAGAAGUUGGUUGUGGUUCUGGUGCCAUUUCCUUAGCACUUUUACAUGCCUGUAACAAGAUAAAAGCUUUGGCUAUUGACACGAAUAUUCAUGCUUGUGAGCUGACUCUCGAAAAUGCUAAAAAUUUAGGUCUUCAAAGUCAACUGACUGUUGUACAUGGCACUUUACUAGAAGAUGCGACAAUCAAAGUUUCAGCAGAUGAAAAAAUUCCAGAUUUAAAUAAAGAAACUUUUGAUUUUAUUGUCAGCAAUCCUCCCUAUGUGCCGACAAAAGAGGUUUUUAAACUAAUGCCGGAAAUUAAGCUAUAUGAAGACGUGAGAGCCUUGGACGGAGGAAACGACGGUUUAAAAGUAAUUAAACCACUUUUAAAUUACGCUGCAAACGCAUUGAAACCAGGCGGCCGACUUUUUAUGGAAAUCGACCCGGCACAUUCAGAAUAUAUCCAAUUUUUCACGGCAAAGUACACAAACCUAAACCUCAAAUACGAACACACAUACAAAGAUUUUUGCAACAAAGACCGGUUUGUCGAGGUUCUAAAAUUAGGCUGAAUUUUAAAAUGCAAUUGUACAUAAAACUUAUUAAAAAUUAAAAUAUGAAAUAUUCCUAAUAA